GAGAGCGCGCGUAACAGCACAGCAGCUCAAACCUGAGUCUCUUACUGGGGGAUUUACACGGACUAACACCGACUCAUAACGCCCUCCACAAAAAUAAAAAAUAAAUAAACUAAAGGAAUUCUAAGUGAACUAUAAAAAUGUUCUUCUGGCAGCUUGCCACUGUCCUUGUGUGGUGCUUGAUAGGAUUUGCAAUCGGACGCAGAGCUGGUGCUGAAGACGGCGACAUUCUAGAGAAAACUAACAGCGCGCGAUGCACCUCGCGAUGUCUGACUCUCCAUAUGACACAGCUGACGGCUUCAUUCAAACAUCUUCAGAGUGACAGUGUUCUGGGCUGGUGUGAGAGCCACCGUCGAUGCGCACAGUGCCUACAACCGUGCAAGGAAUUGUGGGAAAUGGUACGAGGCCUUUCGGAGAAGUCCUGUGAGCACCAUGAGUGUGUGACCAGUGCUGAGUUCCUGCUCUCGCUGCACUCUCAGAAGCAGGGCGACUGCCCGUCUCCUCAGAGGGCCUCCGGCUUCGCCGCCGCCUGUGUUGAGAGCUGCGGCACCGAUAAGGAAUGUUCCGGGUCCAAGAAGUGCUGCUCCAAUGGCUGCGGACACACCUGCCAGACUCCGGCUAACCUCUUCAAGGGUGCUCCACUGAAGCCAAAGAAGGACAUGUCUUUCUCAGAGGACCAUUUAGGACAUCUGGAGGUGAAGUGGACGUCGAAGUUUAACGUGUCCAUCGAGCCUGUCCUGUACGUCCUGCAGAGGAGGUGGAACUAUGGCAUUCACCCGAGUGAAGACGAGGCGUCAUCCUGGCAAACCAUUCUCAUGACCAUAGAGGACCGGGCCGUGUUGAAAGACGUCCGACCUCACAGGUGGUACCAGUUCAGAGUGAGUGCGGUCAACAGCCAGGGCACACGAGGCUUUACCACUCCCAGCAAGCACUUCUUCUCCUCCAGAGACCCCUUCCCACCAGAGGCUCCCCAGAACCUGAGGAGAGGGAACGUCACCUUGCCGCCCGACGGUUCGGUCAGCGUGCCGCUGCGCUGGGACACCCCAGCGGAGGGGGACCUGCCCGUCCACCAUUACAGGGUCAGCUGGAGCGUCCGCGGGGCCCCACGCCUCAGCCAGAGUCGCCGGGAGAACUCCAGGGUCACCGAUGGGGCCGCGACAGAGUUUGAGCUCCAUGGCCUCCAGCCCAACACUGUUCAUCAGGUCCAGGUGCAGGCCAUAGCCUACUGGGGUCAGAAACGCCUGAAGAGUCCCAAGGCUCAGCUGUCCUUCACUACUGCGUUAACAGCUGCCCCAGGCCAGAGCCACUUCACUGGGGAGUUCUCCAACGAGUUGCCCAUCUCCCACUCUUCGCCCAGCAUCAUGAGGCUGGAGGCGGCCGCCCCGCACUACCACGACAACCAGCUGCAGGUCAAGGUCUUCUGGAAGAGCCGGCGCGAAGAAGAAGCCCAGAAGGAGCCCACAUCAUAUUUGCUAAGAUGGUAUCCAGAAGUAUGCACCAACAAUGUCACAAAGAGGGAGAAAAAAGCCACUAUACAGGGAACCCAUUUUGUGAUCACCGGCCUGCUCUUCGCAUGUAAGUACAGGGUGGCAGUGAUGCCCCUGUCUGGGGCUCAGAGGUCAGAGGCCGUUACCUCGGUAACCACCCCACAGUGCUUGUCCCUGAAAGGCAAAGGGAAGAAGUUCAUCCCCUGUGCCAGAGACGACCACCACCCAGUGGUCAGGAAGGCACAGCUCCGGCCGGAGAAGCUGAGCGUGGAAUUCCAGACGGUUAACGGCUCGCUGCGGGGCGUGUUCGGCUGGCAGGUGUCCCAGGUGGCCCCGGGCCAAGCCCCUAUCACCGGCUUUCAGUUCUCCUGGGUGCGGGUCUCAAGCAGCCACGGCAGCGGCAGCAGCGGAGAUGCCGUCGCCACGACGACAGACACUGCAGUCUCCCAAACUCAGAUCCUGCCUCCAGACCAGUUCUCGUUCACAGUGGAUGCGCUGCAGUCGGACAGCGUCUACAAGGUGCAGGUCCAGGUGCUGUCAGCAGGGAGCAGCGGGCCCUCCGUGGCCCGAACACUUCACACCCCGCAGCCCCCCAUCACCACAGCCCAGCUAUGAGCCUCUCUUUCUACAGGCGCUUCCACGUCCCCACCUCAGCUGCUCCUUGUCUACUUGCCCCAUGAGAGUACCACUACAGUCCUUUCCCAAACGCACCUGAACAUUACCCAACCCACCACAGCGGCCCAGCACUCCAGCAUAUGUGACUUUGCCAUUGGCAACAUUGCAUGAGAGAUUCAAAGACUUUAUGUGGAAAAUCUAGAUAAUCCUGGACCUAAAACAUAUUCUGUCAGUUAAUAUGUAUUGUACGUGUUUAGAAAAGAGUAGGUAUAAAUCAUUUAUGUUAUUACCUCCUUUUAUUUUAUAUAAAUAUAUGUAAAAAAUAAGUAGCACUGAUGUAUGUAGGUCUAUUGUAAGUGUGUCAAUGUCAUUUGAUUUUGUGUUUUAAUGUUUGGUCCUCUAUAUUUUUUUAUGAUGGCUACAACUUCCCACGUGAAUCUCUGUGUCAGUUUUGCUUUUAGCUUUACAGGUAAAUGUCAUAAAUUAUUUUUUAACACCACACAUAUUUCAGUGAACUUUUUUUUUUUAGUAAUUCUGGAAAAAAAAAUCUUCAAUUCAUCCCUUAUUUAUUGUGACGUACUAAGAGUGGAAUGUAUGUUUUCGCACAAAGUUGAGUAAAUGACGUUAAGCUACAGUGCAGUUCAGUACAUAAUAGAUUCAGAACAAGGCCCUGGUAGUCUGUUUUGGGGUUAUGUGAGAAUUAUUGUAAAGGGUCAGUCAAUUAUUGUGAAAGGUCAGUUUUCUGUCUGAAAUCCAAUGACAGGCUGAACAUGAAGUGAGACUCUUUGUUAUUUUCUCCAAUGGAGUCAGAGCUCCUGGCAUGACUCCAAUGUUGAUUGUCUUUGAGAGAAGCUGAGGAGGAUGUUAUCUCAUGAGUUCUUGGCUCAUGUGUGGAUAUCUGUGGAGAGGGACUUCAGACUUGAUCAGGGCCCUGCUUUUUCAGUGUCUUAGACCAUUGAAGAUAGAGGAAAUCAGUUCUGCUCCUCUGGGUUUCGUUAUAAAUGGGGAGGCUCAUGUGUUGUACGUUGUUUCUGGUGUAAACACUGUUUCUAUGCUGGCAAAGGUUCAGCCAUGUUGCGGUGUUUUGUUGUGGCAGGCCACUUGUGGCCAUUUUGUAUCGUAGCAUAUUAUACUCUGUAAAUAUUGUACUUGGUGUUGUGUAUACAAAUAUAUGUACUUGUCAUGAAUAAAAUCAAAAUCAUAUCUUAA